AGUACUCCUUCAAAAACCUGUGUCAAAGACAUGGUUGCUGAAAAGGAAGCAAUAUGCAUAGCAGUGCAACAGUGAAGAUAAGGAUGUAACUUGAUUUAAUCUGCUAAAAUUCUUUAGUGCUAGGUUUCAUAUGUGCUGGAAUAUAUGAUUUUUGCUGGAGGGUUAAACACUUUCCUUAUCUCAGCCAGCAUUUAUGGAUUUACAGGUUUGCCUGCUGAGAAGUAAAUUAAAUAUGUAGCUGCUUCUCACCUUUCCUCUGUUGCUGCAUUAAUGGAAGAGAAUUUUUGUUGCCAGCAAUACAGAUGAGGAUGAUCACUGCUGAGAUUUAUUAUAUUUUGGUAUCGGGAAGGCUGACAAAUCUGCAUUAUUUCCGGAGGGAUUUGGAUUUCUGAACAAAAGGACAGUAGGCAUGCUUCAUUUUUCUAAAGCUAUGUCUAGGAAAUCGGAGGCAUAGCAAGCCUACACAAACUUUAUAAGCAUGGCUGAAAAAGAAAGAUGAACUGCUUUAGGAUGUCCUUGAAAUAUGAUGUUGGAUGGGUUUUUUAACUUCGCUUGGAAGGAGCCCAGCACCAAACGGGUCAAGCCGCUCUCCAGAGUCACAUCCCUGGCGAGUCUCAUUCCUCCUGUCCGGGCCACUCCACUGAAGCGGUUCAGCCAGACACUUCAGCGUUCUAUCAGUUUCCGUAGCGACAGUCGCCCAGAUCUGUUCAGCCCACGACCAUGGUCUCGGAACAUGCCCCCAGCUAACACCAAGCGGAGAGACAGCAAACUCUGGAGCGAGACCUUUGAUGUGUGUGUCAGUCACAUGCUUACAUCUAAAGAAAUCAAGCGUCAAGAGGCUAUCUUUGAACUUUCCCAGGGAGAAGAAGACUUGAUAGAGGAUCUGAAGUUAGCAAAAAAGGCUUAUCAUGACCCAAUGCUUAAACUUUCCAUAAUGACAGAGCAAGAGUUGAACCAAAUUUUUGGAACAUUGGACUCUCUAAUUCCUCUACACGAAGAUCUCCUUAGACGACUUCAAGAAGUCAGGAAACCUGAUGGAUCAACAGAACAUGUUGGCCACAUCCUUGUGGGCUGGCUUCCAUGCCUGAACUCCUAUGAUAGCUACUGCAGCAAUCAAGUGGCAGCCAAAGCUUUAUUGGAUCACAAGAAACAAGAUCACAGAGUGUACGAUUUCCUACAGCGCUGCUUGGAGUCUCCUUUCAGUCGCAAACUGGACCUUUGGAAUUUCCUUGACAUCCCAAGAAGCCGGUUGGUUAAAUACCCAUUACUGCUCAGAGAGAUUUUGAGACACACACCAAAUGAUCAUCCAGAUCAGCAGCACCUUGAAGAAGCUAUAAAUAUAAUUCAGGGCAUAGUGGCUGAAAUCAACAUAAAGACCGGUGAAUCUGAAUGCCAGUAUUAUAAAGAGAGACUGAUUUAUCUUGAGGAAGGCCAAAGGGAUUCAUUGAUUGAUAAUUCACGUGUUGUAUGUUGUCAUGGUGAACUGAAGAACAACAGGGGAGUGAAACUGCACGUCUUCCUCUUUGAAGAAGUGCUGGUGAUUACUCGAGCUAUCACCCAUAAUGAGCAGCUCUGCUACCAGCUCUAUCGGCAGCCAAUUCCAGUGAGGGAGCUCGUGUUGGAGGACUUGCAAGAUGGAGAGGUGCGACUGGGCGGAUCCAUACGUGGUGCUUUCAGCAACAAUGAGAGAAUCAAAAACUUCUUUAGAGUCAGCUUCAAAAAUGGAUCUCAAAGCCAGACUCACUCACUCCAAGCCAAUGACUCCUUCAACAAACAACAGUGGCUUAACUGUAUCCGCCAGGCCAAAGAAAAAGUGACGGGUGCGGGCAAAGCAGGUGUGCUGAACUCGGAGGCACAGGUUCUUUUGUCACCAAAUGGAAGCAAAGUACACCAGGGAGAACCCAACCUCGAGCAGAUGGAUCAAUCGGACUGUGAGUCAGACUGUAGUAUGGACACCAGCGAGAUCAGCAUUGACUGUGAACGUAUGGAACAGACAAACUCUUCUGAGAAUGAAAAGCAAAUAGAAACCAAUGUUUGACAAAAACUUACAGUUCGGGGAAGAAAAUCUAUCUCUUACCUGUACAGUAUUUGCAUUCCAUACAUGGAACCAUUUGGAGAAGCACUUUUAAAAUAUUUUUGGUGACAAUGUCAAUGCAGUCCUUGUAUUCAUAAGCCUAUGAGUGUACUGUAACUGCCCAUCUGUAUAAGCUGGAAUCUGUUGCAACUCACGUCCUGUGAUUAUAGUCCAUAAACAUCUAAGGUGGAUGAAGGAGGUACUUGACCAGUUAUUCUCAAUGUCCUGCUGUAAACAGAGUAUCUAAACUACUGUUUAUAUGUGUGUUACACAAAAAUAGAUUUUCAUAAUUUUUAAAGUCCUUUAUUUGCCCUUUAAUGGGGCAGCUGAAGAUGUGGACUUUCUGUGGAGUUUCAGCAUGGGUAUCAACAUCAUGCAUUUUCCUAAAGGCAUGGAAGGAAGAAAUAUUUACUUGGGGAAAAAAGAAAAACCUCUUGCAAUAGCCUAUCUGAAGUCUUGUGGUAUUAAAUUAAUGACAACUAUAAAUUGCAGGCCAUGUAACCAGUGACUUGUUAGGAAUUUUUCAAAAUGAAGCACUACCCGAAGAUCAAGCAACCAAACUUACUAAAAUCUGCUCAGUUUAAGUGGUCAGUAUAGUGCUAUGGUUAAUUUAUUAGAGUAUAUAAUACUCAAAAUAAUCAACUGAAACCCCCCCCCAACCAAACACAACCUAACCUCUGCAGCCAACACUGAAUUAAAUUAAAUGCUGAGAAUACUGGGUAUUUGUAAAUAAGCUGGUAGUUUGCUUUCAGUGCCAUAUAUAUAUACUUUUAUAUAUAUAUGAAUAUAUAUGUAUUUUAUCCCAAACAGGAUAAGAACGGAGAAAAGCUUUUGCUUCUUAAUAGGCCCUCUUCAGCAUUUUGCACUCCACUGACCUCCACUUUUGGUUUUAAACACCACUAAACUAAUGUUAAAACAUUUAAUUUCCUGUAAAUGGUUGUUUACAAUUAUAUGUAGUUGGUUUUUAAAGUAAGUGAUGAUUUUACAUAAAAGGUGCUCUACAAAUACCCUAUGGGAUUAUGUAGAGAAAGUUUAAAAAAAAAAAAAAAAAAAAGGGAAUUGCUUUUCCUUUAGGAUGUAUUACAUCCUUUAUAUUUUUCUCAAGUUUUCUUUUAAAAGUUUUUGUUGCAUUUAAUCUCAUGCUGUAAUUGGAAAUGUUACUGCAUUUUUUGGUGGCUGAUUUAAUCCACUCAUUAUGAUGAGAAGCAGAUGAGUCACUUAAAUGCAGUCUAAAACACUCAGUUAAACAUCCUGUUACUUUUCAGGAAUCCCUGGGUAAUAUUUCUUAGCAUAAGAAAUAAUGCCAGUUCUGUAUGGCAAGCUAUGAAAAUGAUGUAUUAAUAAAUUUAAAUGAUCUGUGAUAUUACACAAGAUAAUCUGUGGAAAGUACUUGUACCAACAAAAGUAGAAAAAGCGCUAAGUUAUUGCCAAAAAUAUUGUUCUUGUGUUCUACAAGUUUACAAAAAGAUACUAUGUCAAGUAUCUUAUAUAUAUGCUGAUGUGCAUUACAGAAAUCAAUGUGACAAGAUGAUAAACAAUAUGAAACAAGGUAUUUUUUAUUUUUUUAAAAAAUGUCAUUUUUACCCUAUAGAAACAUAUUUCUGUAUUUAUAGUUCUUAAAGUCAAUUUUCUUUUCUGUUUCAGGCUUUGUAAUUUAUUUCAACUGCUUCAUUCUUACAGCUGAAUGAGUAUGCCAGUGAAGAUGACAGCAAAAAUUUGCAAGAGAAAAGGCAUAGGAAAGCUUAGCAGAUGAUGAACCAUUUUCAUAGAACCUGUUCAGCAAAACGUUUAAAAAGAGCAGAAACAUGUACAGUGUUCAGAUAGAGAAGAAAGAAUGUGUGUAUUGGCUUUUUUUUUUUUUUAAAUAAUAGCCUUAAACUUUUCUGGAAGCAUUUAAAAUAAAUUACAUUACAUGA